AUGGAAAAAAGAAAUGGUGUUUUAAAUUAUACUUAUUUCAUAAAAAGUAUACAUCUCGAAGAAUCUGCUUUCCCUGUUAAAAAAAAUUACUUAAAGGAAUACCUUACAUAUAAAGUUGAAGAGUGCAAGAUGACAGCUCAAACCUUGAAACUGUAUAUAAUUAACAUUAAGGCUCACAAUAAAGCACUUGGAUUUGCCCUGCCUUUUAAUUCGUAUAACCCAAAUUCUCUUGACAUUAAUACAACAGACACCUUUCCUUUUCCAACUGGAAUUGACUCUGUUAUCCAAGAGGUAUAUUCCCAACCAAAUACAAAUAUCAAUCAAAAUAUUUUAACAAAUAAUAUUCCUUAUAAUCUGAAUUCCUUUCAUACUUAUCCUUUUCUUUUACUUUAUAUUGAUGUACGAAAUAUUUUAUCGAAUAACAGCAUUUCUUGUAAAUUAUAUGAUUCAAGUUCCUCUAGUGCUCAUACUUUUCUCCUGCCUAGCAUUAAUGAUUUAAAUACUGUUUAUCUUCUAAUUGAUACUGAUUCUUAUAUUUGA